CGUUUCAGUAAAUUUAACCCGUGAUGUUUGCACUCGCAAGAAGGCAGCAGUUCAUUAUUGACUCUGUUUUUCUUUAUGUUGUGCUGUUGCGCACAUAUUUAACGGACGUGCGUCUGGUCGUUUUGGUCUUUACUAGUGGACAACAUGAAUCAUUAAUUUCCCUGAACGUCUAAAUGUCAAUCUAAAGGAGCCCGCAGGAGGUGAAGCGGAUUCCUCUGGUCACGCUCCCGCAAUUAUGGCGUCCGGAUAUGGGUACGAAUCGCGGACUAUAGGCAAAGAUGAUGUGAACUACAGGAUGCAUUUCCGUAUGAUCAACGAGCAGCAAGUGGAGGAUAUUACACUGGACUUUUUCUAUAAGCCGCACACAAUAACACUGUUAACAUGCACAGUGCUCAGCUUGAUGUAUUUUGCAUUUACAAGGGAUGAGACAAACGAAGACGCCAACUUGUGGGUGGGCCUCAUCCUGGUCCUCUCCUUCUUCCUGGUCAUCAGUGUUCUGGCCUUCCCUAACGGACCAUUUACCAGACCACAUCCGGCGAUAUGGCGAAUAGUUUUCGGUCUGAGUGUGCUGUACUUCCUGUUCCUGGUGUUCAUCAUCUUCCUAAACUGGGAGCAGGUGAAGAACGUCAUGUACUGGCUGGACCCCAACCUGCGCUACGCCACCCGGGAGGCUGACAUCAUGGAGUAUGCAGUGAACUGUCACGUGAUCACCUGGGAGCGAAUCCUGAGCCACUUUGACAUAUUUGCCUUCAGUCACUUCUGGGGCUGGGGCAUGAAGGCCCUGCUCAUCCGCAGCUAUGGCCUCUGUUGGACCAUCAGCAUCACCUGGGAGCUCACUGAGCUGUUCUUCAUGCACCUGCUGCCUAACUUUGCUGAGUGCUGGUGGGACCAGCUGAUCCUGGACAUCCUGUUGUGUAAUGGAGGAGGCAUCUGGAUGGGUAUGACUGUCUGUCGCUUCCUGGAGAUGAGGACCUACCACUGGGCCUCCAUCAAGGACAUCCACACCACGACGGGGAAGAUCAAACGUGCUGCGCUCCAGUUCACCCCGGCUAGCUGGACCUACGUCCGCUGGUUUGACCCCAAGUCUUCCCUGCAGCGCGUCACCGGGGUCUACCUCUUCAUGAUCAUCUGGCAGCUGACAGAGUUGAACACAUUCUUCCUGAAGCACAUAUUUGUGUUCCCGGCGUGCCACGCCCUCAGCUGGUGUCGGAUCCUCUUCAUCGGCAUCAUCACAGCUCCCACCGUGAGGCAGUACUAUGCCUACCUCACAGACACACAGUGUAAGCGUGUUGGGACACAGUGCUGGGUGUUUGGGGCCAUAGCGUUCCUGGAGGCCUUGGCGUGUAUAAAGUUUGGAAUGGAGCUGUUCUCCAAGACCCAGGUCCUCUAUGUGCUGCUGUGGCUGGUGUGUGUGGCCUUAAUCACAUUCCUGUGUCUGUAUGGGAUGGUGUGGUAUGCAGAGAUCUACGGCCCCAAAGAGAAGAGCUACUCUGAAUGUGAGGACAGCAACUACAAUGAGGACUUUGUGUCAGAACAAAGGAAAGGAGAACGGCAUUCUGAGGGUGAGGCUCCUCCCACCAGGCAGCGUGGGCGGAGCUCAGGGAAGAACAAAUCCACCAAUGGGCUGGGGAAGAAGUAAUGCUAGCCCUGCCACCCAGGGUGGAGUCCCGCCCUCUUCUCCUGUCAGAACCCCGGACCACAGAGGAAGAGGUGCAUGUUGGGAGAGAUGGAAGAGAAAGAAAGGAUAGACAACACUUUCCCUGUGCAUUUUAACGUACGGAGUAGCACCCAUCCAUAAGAGGGGAGAGUGGGCCCAGGUUAGGGGUCAGUGGACAGGAUAGACAGACACCAUGUCCAUGCAGGGUUGUAGAGGAAGGAGAGGGGGGGGAGGGGUGGCCGAUAGAUCAGAGAACCACACAGAUACCUACUGGUGGUUCACACGGUCAGAGCUCCUACCUACCCUACGGCUGAUCAGUUUGUGUGUCUGCGUAAGCAUGUGUGUGUGGUGGCAAUAUUGCUUCUCCUCAGUCAGAACCGAAGAAUGCAUGUUCCAUUGUACAGGAGUUGGUAAACUACUGAUUGGAGAGCUACGUUUAUCCUGUACCAUAUAUCUUUCAUGUGCUUCAGCCCAUAGAAUUAGAAUACUAGAAUGGAUAUGAACCUUCUUAUGAUGGUAUACAGGCUGUCGGCCAUUUUGGUCAGGGAGUUGCUCAACCAUGGUUAGCCAGUGCUGUGAUAAGAUAUUUUGUAAAAUAAUGAAUUGGGGGAAUUUGUCUACAGUGUGUUUGUUAGCUAGCUAACCGGGCAGCUUUUAGAGGAACGAUUCAAUUCAUUUGUCCAAUUAACUGUCAAUAUGCCAACAUUCCAUUCCAACAAUCCAUUCACUGGCUGGUUGGACUUCGGCUAGUUGUAAAUGCAAUAAGUUAGCUAUUGAUUAUUGUAUCAUAGUGGCACUCAGUUUUCCAAGAAAACAACAACAACAAUUGUUUACAUAUAUUAUAGAGGCUAUAUCAACAUGUGUAUAAAACCUGUAUAAACUGUAUUUAUAAUUCUGACUAUUUUAGAUUGACAUUAGACAUUUCUGAUAUCACAUGCCUUACUUUUGUUUUCCUGUAGAAGUCAAAUCAGGAUUAUGCCUCUACUGCCAUUAAUUUCAGUUAGACUGGUUAUGAUUCCUCCCUGAACAAUAUGGCUUCCAUUAUUCACCCUAUCCUGGAAAUGUGAGGGUUUAUGACAAAGCCCCCCCCACCCUACCCCCAUCAGACUACUGUAGGUAAAUGGAGCCCUAUUCUCUAUAUAGUGCACUAAGCUUGACCAGACCCCAGUCCAAUGUACUGCACUAAGAAGACAAUGGGGUCCAUUUGGGAAGCAGAGAUGAUGUAGCUGUGUAAUAUGAGUUGGACUCUCGUGUUGACUACUGUAGAGGAAGGCUGUUAUUCUCUGCUUCAACUCUUCAUCAUCAGUUGGUUCAUAUUUCUAAGUGUUCACCAUUUUUGGUUUGUUUUUAUGACUUGAACAAAGAGAGGAAUGUGAACAGAGGCCAUAUUUAUCAAACAUCUGAGUAGGAGUGCUGAUCUAGGAUCAGGUCCCAAGGUCCCAAUGUGAUCCUAGAUCAGCACUCUACUGUCAGUAGAGAUGUUUGGUUCAUAUGGCACCAGGAUUUACUGAUCCUAGAUCAGCACUCUACUGUCAGAGUAGAGAUGUUUGGUUCAUAUGGCACCAGGAUUUACUGAUCCUAGAUCAGCACUCUACUGUCAGAGUAGAGAUGUUUGGUUCAUAUGGCACCAGGAUUUACUGAUCCUAGAUCAGCACUCUACUGUCAGAGUAGAGAUGUUUGGUUCAUAUGGCACCAGGAUUUACUGAUCCUAGAUCAGCACUCUGUCAGAGUAGAGAUGUUUGGUUCAUAUGGCACCAGGAUUUACUGAUCCUAGAUCAGCACUCUACUGUCAGAGUAGAGAUGUUUGGUUCAUAUGGCACCAGGAUUUACUGAUCCUAGAUCAGCACUCUACUGUCAGAGUAGAGAUGUUUGGUUCAUAUGGCACCAGGAUUUACUGAUCCUAGAUCAGCACUCUACUGUCAGAGUAGAGAUGUUUGGUUCAUAUGGCACCAGGAUUUACUGAUCCUAGAUCAGCACUCUACUGUCAGAGUAGAGAUGUUUGGUUCAUAUGGCACCAGGAUUUACUGAUCCUAGAUCAGCACUCUACUGUCAGAGUAGAGAUGUUUGGUUCAUAUGGCACCAGGAUUUACUGAUCCUAGAUCAGCACUCUACUGUCAGAGUAGAGAUGUUUGGUUCAUAUGGCACCAGGAUUUUAAUGCAAAGCUGCUUUGGCAUGGAAGGACGGACAUUUGUGAUUGUUGUGUUUGACCUCCUGGGUCAGAGAAUUGUCUUUGUGCUCCAGCAGCUCCAUAUAAACCGUUGACUUCCGCUGUUUUGGAGAUGCUGUACAUUGACUGUAAUGUUUUGUGAAAUCAUCGUCUCGACCUUUGUGUGAUUUAUUAUGUGACGUCCCAAAUGGCACCCUAUUCCCUCUAUAGUGCACUACCUAUGACCAGAGUCCUCUGGGCCCUGGUUCAAAAGUAGUGUACUAUAAAGGGAUUUUGAUGCCAUUUAGGAUGCAGCCUUCCUCUCCCUUCACAUUUGGGCUGCUGUGUUUUUCCAGUAAAUGACGAGGCCAGUCGUUCAUAGUUGGAGCUUGGUCUGUCUGUGCAGGCAGGUAGCUUUGUUUUCCUACGAUGUGGAUGUUCUCUCCUUCAUGGCAUUUUGCAUGGCUAAGUGUGGAAAUGGAGUGUCUCGGGAGGGCCUGGGGGAGGCUACAGAUUUACUACAGUAGUAGUGACAAUAUGGUCUUUGCGUCAGUGUCGUACCACAUCAGUAAGCCAGUAUUCACACCAUGUCUUUUUUCAGUGUUGCUGUGAACAUUUUUAAUUCAAUGCCCUUGUGCCUUUAUGUAUGUAUGUAUGUAUGUAUGUAUGUAUGUAUGUAUGUAUGUAUGUAUGUAUGUAUGUAUGUAUGUAUGUAUGUAUGUAUGUAUGUAUGUAUGUAUGUAUGUAUGUAUGUAUGUAUGUAUGUAUGUAUGUAUGUAUGUAUGUAUGUAUGUAUGUAUGUAUGUAUGUAGUUUUGUUCUUUUUAACACUUGUUUUGCAGUUUAUUCAGCCUUCUACAUUUCUCCUUGAGUCUUUAUUCUAGUGUUCGAUUGAUGGUUAUAAACUGGGUGGUUCGAGCCCUGAAUGCUGAUUGGCUGACAGCCGUGGUAUACCACGGGUAUGACAAAACAUUUAUUUUUACUGCUCUAAUUCAGUUGGUAACCAGUUUAUAACAGCAAUAAGGCACCUCAGGGGUUUGUGGUAUAUGGCCAAUAUACCACGGCUAAGGGCCGUGUUGCGUCGUGCCUAAGAACAGCCCAUAGCCGUGGUAUAUUGGCCUUAUACCACAACCCCUCGUGCCGUAUUGCUCAAGUAAAGGUUUGUCAGUCACUGGGCCUGGGUAAUACUCUGAGAAUGCAUCCUUCCUCCCCCUCGGGCCGUAUUGCUCAAGUAAAGGUUUGUCAGUCACUGGGCCUGGGUAAUACUCUGAGAAUGCAUCCAUCCUUCCUCCCCCUCGGGCCGUAUUGCUCAAGUAAAGGUUUGUCAGUCACUGGGCCUGGGUAAUACUCUGAGAAUGCAUCCAUCCUUCCUCCCCCUCGGGCCUUAUUGCUCAAGUAAAGGUUUGUCAGUCACUGGGCCUGGGUAAUACUCUGAGAAUGCAUCCUUCCUCCCCCUUGGAGUAAAUGAUGUUCUGACAUAACUGUCUUUCUAAAGCUACUUUUUUUUUGUAUACAAAAUUGCGUAUAAUUCCUGAGAAAUGUGGUUUGACGAAUGGAGUUUAGCGAUGUCACUCUGAGCUAUUAUCACCCAGUUGUCAGAUAAGUGAAUAUUUCAAGGGUGGGUAGAAGGGAGGGUAGAAGGGUGCAUUUUAUUAGUAUUCAACCAUAGCCAUCAUCUCAACACAAAUAUUUCUCUCAUGUCAAAAUCAGACACUGACACUCCUCCCCAGGUAGCAUGGACCAGACUCCCUGGCUGUAUAGAAUAUGGCAUAUUGUUUCUGGAAUGAAGAUGCCAUUUUGCCAAAACAAUCCCUCUCGAAAAGGAGACUUGUGUGUUUUGUUUGUUUUUUUCACUCUGAAUGAAUAAAACUUGAUUAAAAUGUUUUGUAUUUCCUCUUCAA